AUGCAACACAAGCUCGAUCACCCCAUACGAGGGCUUUUGUCUUAAUUGCCUCGCUGCUGCACUGUUUUUUUGGCUCCUCUCUCCAGGGCGUUUGAUUUCUAUUUCCUCCCAAUCAAUUCCUUCUUGCGCUUGUGCUUUUGUUUUCUUAUCACUGCGCGCUUGGGGUAUUGUCGAUAGAUACGCCCCUUCUCAACUUGAACUAUGGCGACCAUGUUCCAUGAUGGAAAAGAGGCUGCUCAGCCCGACCCCUAUGAGGUGGACGAUGGCACCGAUGAGAGCAUCGAGGUGACCGAGAAGAAGGGAACUGCAUCUGAUCGCCAUGACAUGCAACGUAUGGGUAAAGUCCAGGAAUUGAGACGAAACUUCCGUUUCGUUACCAUCUUUGGCUUUACUAUGGUCCUCAUGGCGACUUGGGAGGCCCAGUUGAGUGCAAACGUAUUCGGUCUCAUCAACGGUGGUACCGGUGGCUUGAUCUGGAUGUACAUUGCAUCCUUCAUUGGAUUCUUUGCGGCGAUCGUGUCGAUGGCUGAGAUGGCUUCCAUGGCACCUACCACAGGUGGUCAGUACCAUUGGGUGUCAGAAUUCGCCCCGGCCUCCUCGCAGAGAUUCUUGUCCUACCUUGUUGGCUGGCUCUGCGUGCUCGGAUGGCAAGUCGGUAACACAGCCAUUGCUUUCCUCAGCUCCCAGCAGAUCUUGGGUCUUGUCAUCCUUAACCACCCAGAAUACGUACCAGAGCGAUGGCAUCUUACCCUGCUCGUUAUUGCCAUCAUCAGCUUCUGCCAGCUCUUCAACACCUUCCUCGCCAGAAAGCUCCCCUUGGUCGAAGGUGUCGUUCUUGUACUCCACAUCUUCGGCUUCUUCGCCAUCCUCAUCCCGCUCUGGGUCCUCGGAGAGAAGGGUGACCCUAAGACCGUCUUCACCACUUUCACUGAUGGCGGAAACUGGGGCUCCAUCGGACUCUCCUGCCUCGUCGGAAUGUUGUCCCCCAUCUUCUCCUUCAUCGGUCCGGAUUCCGCAACACACAUGUCGGAGGAGCUUCGCGAUGCCAGCAAGACUCUUCCUCGCGCUAUGAUUGCCACAGCCAUCGCCAACGGCGCGAUGGGUUUCGUCAUGAUAUGCACGUUCUGCAUGCUCGUCGGCGACGUCGAGCAAGUCCUCGGAUCGCCGACCGGCCAGCCUUUCAUCCAGGUCUUCUACAACACCACCCAGAGCAAGGCGGGCGCAAGCGUCAUGACCUGCAUCAUGAUCAUCAUGGCGACCUUCGGAUGCGUUACCAACGUUGCGACUAGCUCGCGACAGGUGUGGGCUUUCGCUAGAGAUAACGGAUUGCCAUUCUCCAGCUGGCUUGCUCAUGUCCGACCCGGCUGGGACAUCCCCCUCAACUCCAUCAUGCUCUCCUACCUCAUCGCCGUCCUUCUCUCCCUCAUCAACAUCGGCUCAACCGUCGCCUUCAACAUCAUCACCUCCCUCGGCACCGGCGCCCUCCUCUCCUCAUACAUCAUCUCCGUCGGCUGCGUGACGCUGCGCCGCCUCCGCGGACAGCCCCUCCUCCCCUCCAAGUUCUCCCUCGGCCGCUGGGGCCUCCCCAUCAACAUCUUCAGCGUGCUGUUCCUCACCCUCGCCUUCAUCAUGACCUUCUUCCCGCCGGAGAGGAACCCAAGCACCGCGACUAUGAACUGGAACAUCCUUGUCUUCGGCUUCAUCGUGCUGUGGUCGAUCACGUACUUCCUUUUCAAGGGAAGGAAGGUGUACGUUGGGCCCGUGGAGUACGUCAGGAAGGAUUUGUAGAGCGUGGGUUUGGUUUGGUUUGCUGUUUUGUUCAAAAAAUGACGAUGUUUAUCUAGAAUGCGAGUGGGUGGA